CCGGCAACGCCGCAGGAUUGCGAAAAUAUCGCGCUAGUUUCGUAAGAAAUUUCGCCGGUUGGCCAUUGCGAGUGUAGAGGAAGAAGGGAAAAUAUGAAAAAAAGAAGGCGUUGCGUUGAAUUUCACAAAGUAUUCAGGCAUUUCUAGCGAAGUGUAACACAAGCCAGAAGUCCGGCAGAAGGCGCGAUUCAGAUCUGGCAACUUCCGCAGACCGCCUGUCAACCCUGUCCCGUGCGAUUUGCCUGCACAUUGUUCUAAAACAACCCAGCCGGAAAAGCCGUUUCAGCAGUGGGCUAUAUCUGCGAGACCUAUAUGCAAUUCAGAUGUGAGACACCAGACUCGAGGCUGUGUUCCAGGCAAUAGGCACUACUCAGGCCGACACUCCGAGCGUUCCAAGGCGGCACCCCCAACCAGAACCCAGAGCUCACGCAUUCCGCAUUUCGCACACGGGACACGGCACACAACACACCAUACAACAGAGCACAGCACACACACGCACACAGGCAGCACUUCUAAUCUUCGGGCUGUCCACAAACGCAUUGGCCAGCGACGAGGCGGUGGCACGCGGGGAUCGAGGAGGAGGAGAUCGAGAGGCUAGGCGAGAUUUAGGUUUCGAGCGGCGAGCGGCAGGGGUCGUGCGCAGAGGCAAACAGGCAGCAGUAGACAAGAGCUAGCGGUGGCGAUGGCCCAGCACGGGGGCACCGAGGCUCUGGCCGCCGAACUGGCCAAAGCCGUCGACCUGAUCAUGCACCCGCUUACCCAGCAACAGGCUCGCCUGGAGGCCUACAUGGCCUGCGAGCGGUUCAAGGAGGAGUCGCCGCUGUGCGCCCAGGUGGGCCUCUUCCUGGCCGGAUCGCCGCAGUCCAAUCAGCAGGUUCGGCACUUUGGUCUGCAGCUGAUCGAGUACACAAUCAAGUUCCGGUGGAACUGCAUCACGCAUGAGGAGAAGGUGUACAUCAAGGACAAUGCCAUCAAGAUGCUGAACGUGGGCGUGGGCCCGGCGGAGGACCGCUCGCUGCUGCCCACGAAGGACGCGCUAUCGCGCAUCAUCGUCGAGAUGAUCAAGCGCGAAUGGCCGCAGCAGUGGUCCGACCUGCUGCCGGAACUGAGCCAGGCCUGCACUAAGGGGGAGGCACAGACGGAGUUGGUGCUUCUCGUCUUCCUGCGGCUGGUGGAGGACGUGGCCUUGCUGCAGACGAUUGAGUCGAAUCAGCGGCGCAAGGACAUGUACCAGGCGCUAAACAACAACAUGAACGACAUAUUCGAGUUCUUCCUGCGCCUGGUGGAGCAGCACGUGACUGCGUUUCGCGAAACGACGCGCCUGUGCAACUUCACCAAGGCGAACGCGCACAGCCGGGUCGUCGAAAUGGUUCUGCUCACGCUGAGCGGCUUCGUCGAGUGGGUCAGCAUCCAGCACAUCAUGUCUAGCAACGGAAAGCUGAUGCACUUCCUUUGCAUUCUGCUUAAUGACAAAGCAUUCCAGUGCAACGCGGCCGAGUGCCUGGCGCAGAUCACGAACCGCAAGGGCCAGGCCAAGGAGCGAAAGCCGCUGCUGCAGUUAUUCAACGAGGAGCCGCUGCGCUACAUCUACCAGGCCAGUCAGAUACCGCCCGAAUCCAGCUCCACGCUGGCCAUCGAGCAGCACCACAACUUCCUUAAGAAGCUGCUGCAUGUGCUAAACGGGAUGGCCCAGCAGCUGGUGGCGCUCUGGGGCAAGGACGACGCCACCCAGAGACCGGUGCAUCUUGAAGUCCUUCUCGAAUGCCUCCUGCUCCUCGUCCAGCAUCCAUCGCUAACCGUCUCCCAUGGGUCGGCGCUCAUUUGGCAGCUGCUGUUGAAGCACGAGCCCUGCUCAAAGGACUUCGCCACGGUCAACUACAUUCCCAAGCUCAUCCACACGAUUGCGCCCAGGAUCGUGAAGCUGCCAUAUCCUGCCUCCACUAGCUCGCCUGCCAGCCUCUCCACGGAGGCCUACAUCCGACUGGAGUAUGACAGCGAGGAGGAGUUCGCCCUCUACUUCUUCCGCUGCCGCACCGACUUCCUCGAGAUCUUCCGCCUGGCCACGCUGGUGCAGCCACUGGUCACCUACGGCUACUGCGAACAGUGGCUCCAGCAGCGCCUGCGCAACGCGGUGGCUGAAGCGGAUGCGGAGGCCAAGAGCGGCAAUGUGUCGUGCAGCGUGCUUGACCCCGUCUACCUGGAAUGGGAUGCACUGGUGAGUGUGUUAGACGGCGUGCUAAGUCGCAUUCUGCUCGUGGCGGAACGUCCUUCGGUGCCGGCUGGACUGCGACUGCUCGAGGAUUGCCUAAAACUGGAGACAAUCAACCCGCUGAUCUACUCGAUUCUACUGUCAUGUAUUUCGGCCCUGUUUGUCUUCCUCAGCAUGUCCGCGUGCCAGAUCACGGCCACUAACUGCGUGGCAAUGAGCGGCGUCAGUCUCUUGCCGCGGGUGCUAGAUAAGAUUUUCCGAGCGCUGGUACUGAAGCCGCCCAACGAGCUGGAGAAAGUGCAGGUCAAGUCGGCCAAAAAUCUGCGGCGACACGCCGCCUCGCUGCUGGUUAAGCUGGCUCACAAGUAUCCGCUGCUGCUGCUGCCGGUGUUCGAGCAAAUCAACGGGCACGUGGAGCUCCUGCUCAAGGAGCCUGGGCAGCACCAGCUGUGCCGUUUGAUGCGUACUACGCUGCAGGAGGCGCUGAUUCUCAUCUCUAACCACUUCUGCGACUUCGAGCGCCAGACUCUCUUUAUAGAGCACAUCGUGCAGGACAAGCGGUCCGAGUGGCUGGCCUUUGGAGAUGCACUCAAGUCGCCGCUGGCCUUCAUGAGCUUCGUGGGCCUGGACAAGCCUCCCAUCUUCGCCGUUGAGGGCGCUCCUACGAUCCAAAAUCGCUCGCGCCUGCUGGACGCCCUGCAUGUGGUGCUGGGCGUAGUCAAACGCUGCACCUGGCCAGACGACCCAGACCGCGCCCAGCGGGGCGGCUUUGUCAUCGGCUGCACUGAGCUGGGCAACCCCAUCUGCCGAAAUCCGGCCACCAAGCACGUCGUGCCACUGCUCUCGCACGUGCUAAGUCUGAUGCGUGUGCUCAAUGAGUUGUUUACGCCGGAGGCGCUGCUUGCCCUCUCCGAGGGCUACCGCGGAAUCCACGGCAUGCUGGAGCACGAGAAAAAACUGCUGAUGGGCAUUUGCGCUCUGCCCACCGAUCCGUUGGACACCACAAUUCGCAGCGAGCCGACGCCCUUCGAAAAGAUGCAGACAUUCAUGAUGAUGGUCACUGAAGGCUGCUACCAUCUGAUGGGCUCAGCGGGUCCGUCGCUGGGACGCGAUCUGUACCAACUCUUGGGGCUGUCCGACGCCAUCAUAACAAAUGUGUUCAGCCGAAUGGACGUGGUGCCUGACUACCGGCUGCGCCCGAUCAUUCGGGUCUUCUUCAAGCCCUUCGUCUACUCGUGCCCGCCCAGCUUCUACGACAGUGUUCUUGUUCCGCUCUUCGCCCACCUGGCGCCAUUGAUGUGUGAACGCCUCUCGCGCCGAUGGAUUUACAUAGCAUCGCUCUACGAGAGCGGACAGCUCAACGGCGAAGUCAACGACACGCAGGAGGUGCUGGAGGAUCAGCUCAACCGCACGCUGACGCGCGAGUACCUGGACGUGCUGAAGAUUGCGCUGGUUGGCGGCCAGAUUGGGGCCGAUCAUGUGGCGGCCGGCGCCAAUGCCAACAGCAACUCGGUGGCCAUGGAGAACGAGGAGCACUCGAUGGACAGCGCGCCUCAGUCGCGGGCCAGCCAGUCGGCCCUGCUCUCCGACAUCAUCAGUGACUUGGGCGGCAAGCUGCUGCGCAACGGACUCAUCGGCAAUUACGUGUUGAUGACCCUGCUGAAGGCCAUUGCCUGGAACGACGGCAUGAGCAGCAUGAAGGCAGUGAACAUCGCAGCACCAGUGAUGCGCUUCCUGGCCGCCGAGAAGCUUAUGGACGAGAACAAGGCCGUUACGGCCUUCACCGCCGUUCUGCAGGGCAUGCAGGUGCACGGACAACACGAGGCCAACCAGUCGGGCUUGGUGACGCUGGGCGUACAGUUCUACGAGCUGCUGCGUCCCCACUUCCCCGUUCUCAGCGAAGUACUGCAGCACAUACCCAGUGUCAACGCGGCCGAUAUCCAGAAGUUCGACGAGAAGAUCGCCGUGGCGCCCGUCAAGGGCAACAAGGUGGACCGCGCCAAGAAAGAUAUAUUCAAGAAGCUCACCGCCCAGCUGGUCGGGCGCAGCGUUAACCAGCUGUUCCGCCAUGAGGUGCAGAUCGCCAACCUGCCGCCGAUGCAGUCGCACAAGGCCAAGGGAGCCAUGGGCACAACCGCCGACAUCAUGGAUAGCAAUCAGAACGCGAGUCUGGCCAGGCUCUUUGGGCCGGAGAAGUGACAGGGACCGCAGCAGAAGCAGAAGCCGAAUCACAAGCAGACAAACACACAGAAACAGAGGAGCAGAAGGAGGCGUCGCAGCGGAGGCGGCGCCACCUGCGACACGACCUCGAUUUUGGUCGAGGACCAGGAUCAGGGAGACGUCGAGACCACGGCGACCUCAGCUGCCAAACUAGCGACGACUGAACUUAAAGUAAUUGUAAACUAGCUUAGAGACGAUGAGCCCGCACUGUAGCAGGAACCGCAUCUCACGUCCUCGCCCGCUUCCGUGCCCAAGCCCAUGCCCAUGACCCAGUCCCUGACUCUGACCCAGUUCCAGUACCAGUUACAGUCAAAGUUCCGAUCAGACGUUAAAAUUAUUAAUUUAUUUAUUUUACAAACUAAAUUUAACUUCAGCAUGUAACGAUUUGUUUAGUUGCUCCGUUUCGACCCGAACCGACCUGUUACUGCUUUGUUAUUUAUUAUUCGGAAUUUGUUAAUCUUGUUUGCACAAAGGAGGUAGAUCCAUCGCUUAUUGCCAAUACUCCGAUCCUCGAGCCUGACCCGCCCCUUCCUCUUCCCCCAGGCCCCCGCAGCAAAGCCAGAAGCCCUUUUUAUACAUAGUUAAUUAAUGAAUUGUGCUUUCCCCCCGUCUUGUAUAGUUACCUAUGCGCAGGCAUACUGUAAUUUGUAUACAUAUUCGUGUAUGUACACAUUUAUCCUUUGAAGAAACAUUUCUGAAAUUACGCUUAGGCUUAGUUGAUAGGCAACGAGUUAUUAUUAUAUAAUACAUCAAUCUGUAUAUGAACACA